UUUCACUCCUUGCAGCGCUAUGGCGGCUGAGCUGCUGAUCAAGGUGCGAGAAGAACCCUACUACAGAAAAUCAACCAUGGAUGUUUUUAUCAGGAUUUUAAUAAUUCUAUGCACAACAAUAUCAGUUGUCCUUUCCUCAAUAUCUGUGUGUGAUGGUCACUGGCUGCUUGUAGAUGGCAAGGUAAUUGGACUAUGGUAUUUCUGCACUUUGAAGGAGAACCACAAGUCUGAAUAUACCACUGAUUUCUGUGCUGCUGAGGUUGAUGGUUUAUACAUUGGAUUCAUUUUUAUAAGAAUUAUGGUCACUUUUGCUGUAGUGCUGGCCAUGUUUGGUCUGGAGAUGCUCGUUGUCUCUCAGGUUUACCAAGAUGUCUACUCCACCCGCAGAUGGGCAUUCGGUUCAUUUCUGGUUGUAUUGGCCUUCUUCAUGACAUCAGCUGGUGUGCUCAGUUUCGUUAUUCACCUGAGGAAUUUCCUCACAUUCACAGGCUUCAGUUUAACUUUCUGGUGCGAAUUUAUUGCAACUUUUCUUUUUUUCCUUAAUGGAAUGAGUGGUCUCCACAUUCAUAGCAUGACAUUCUCAGUCAACACAAAGUUCACUCAGUUUGCUUAAUGGUUACUCAUGCUGUAACUUUUUGGUGCAACUGGCAAAGUAUUCUGUGCACAUCAAAUUCAGGUCUGCCAAGGUUCACUGUUUCAUUUAAAUAUCCCAUAGCACACUGACAGUUUUGAAAAGUUUGUACCCUAUUUUCUGAUGUAAUGUGCCCCUUCAGGUUCUUUUUUCGAUGUCAUUUUUUUAAUGGGCUUUGAAUAAAUUAAUAAUUUUGUUGCAGACAACAUCCAAUAAAGCUUAUGUCCAAUG